AUGGCAGUGAAUAUCCUUGAUACGGAUCACUUCGCAAUAUCAGGAAUAAUAAUUUUAACAAUUCAACUUAUAUUUUUCCUCGUCGCAGCCAUUUUCCAGGUGGAUAAAUUAACAGAUUUUGCUGGCGGGUUAAACUUUAUUAUCGUUGCUCUGCUAACUUUUUUCUUAGGACAAAUAAAUCGAACAAGCAAAAAUUAUGAUUCUAGACAACUUAUGGUGACAGUGUUCGUCUGUUUAUGGGGAGCUCGUCUUUCAGCAUACCUUCUAUACCGAAUUGUUAAGGUUGGGCGAGACAAGCAAUUCGAGGAUAACAAAAGAAAUAUCAUACGCUUCGCAAUAUUUUGGUCGUUUCAAGCGGUUUGGGUGUUUGUAGUGUCACUUCCCGUCAUCAUUGUAAACUCGCCUCGCCAUUCACAACCAAAUGCACCCAAAACAAUGACACAUCUGGAUUCAACUGGAACAGGAAUGUUUAUUUUUGGACUUCUCACCGAAACAUAUGCUGACCUACAAAAAUUUUCAUUCCGCCAAGAUCCAGCAAAUCAGAGAAAAUUUUGCAAUGACGGCUUGUGGAAAGUUAGUCGUCAUCCAAAUUAUUUUGGUGAAAUAAUAUUAUGGUGGGGGAUAUUUGUGAUAUCAUUGAAUGUCAUUAAAGGAAUUGAAUGGAUUGCAAUAUUAUCUCCACUCUUUACGACAUUUAUUAUCCUUUUUCUAUCGGGAAUUCCGGUUCGAGAAAGAGUAUCAGACGAGAAGUAUAGAGAAAACAUGGAUUACCGCAGAUACAAAUUUGAAACUUCACCUCUGAUACCAAUACCGACUUCAAUUUAUUCUGAAGUACCGAAAGCACUCAAAUUCAUUCUUUGUUGCGAGUACCCAUUCUAUGACUCUUACAAAAUUGCUAAACCGGAAUCUCCUUACGGUCCAGCCACAAUUUCUCUUACGCAUUCGUAUUCAUACCAACAACACACAUAGCAAAAAAGUGGUGGAAAUAUUUACGGAGUUACUUCAGGAUGUAUUGGAGGGAUUAGUGGAGGAAACAGUGGGAAAAAAUCACAUCAUCAGCACAGUCGUUCAAGUGGUGGAAGUAGACAACAUAACUUCGAUGAAAUUCAUCUCGACUCAUCAAAUCAAAUGACUUCAAUUUUGUGAUCUGCUUUACUGAAAGUAAUUUGAAGAAUUAUUAAGAUGAAAGAAUUUAAUCUGUCGAAAAUCAUUUACAUUCAAAUAUUUAUAGAAAAAGAGUGCUACAAGAUAAAAUAAUAUUAUUCUGAUCAUGAAUAUUUAGGCAUUGACCUUAAAAACAUUUCUCACUUUCGUUUUAAGUUCUUUAAACCUUUUAAAUAUUAUCGCUGAACUGAGGAUCUCAACUCUAAUUACAUAAACUCAGAUAUCUAUUUUAUUUACAAUCUGG